GGGUCCCGGAAGCCCCAGGCCGCGGCCGAGCAGCGCCCCUCCCCCGGCGGCCCCGCGCAGAGGCUGCCGGGACUGCGCGGCCCAGGCGUCCCCGGACGGCGAGGCCCGGAAGCCCCGAGGCGGGAGGAGCGGACUGGGCGAGCGGAGCGGGCGGAGCGCUGCCGGGAGCGCCCCCAGGCCGACGCAGAAGCCUCGCUGCCCCCCCGCGGGCCCCGCUGUUUCCGUCCCGACGGCCGAGCCGGGCCCGCGGGCGCGGAGCUGGUCCCGGGCGGGAUGCGGCCGCGGCCGGGGCGGUGGUGGCUGCUGCUCUGGCUGCCGCCUCUGUCCUCGCUGCCCGCGGGCGCGGUGCGCGGAGAGGCGGCGGAGCUGUCAGUUGCAAGGUGUAAAGCCCUGAAGGAAAUGGAUUUUGUUAAGACUUCCAACUCAGACUGUUACUGCUACAAUCGAAAUUCCCAAAUGGAGUGGAAAUACAUGUGGUCGACUGUGCAGGUGAAAAUUACCAGUUCAGGCCUGUUUAAUAUUGUAUACAUCACAGAAAAAUAUAAUUGUCAGUAUCCAGAAACCAUUCUAUCUUUAAUCAAGUGUAUGAUUCAUAAUUUUUGGACACCAAAGAUGUCUAAUGAAAUAACCAUAAUCAUCAAUCCAUAUGGAGAGACCAUGUGCUUCUCUGUGACGCCUGUCAGGAAGAUAUUUAUGUAUACAAUUAGUGUGAAUCGAAAUCUUGUAGAUUUCCAACUCUGCUUUGUGUUUGUGGCAGGCAUUUUCCUCUUCUUUUAUGCAAAGACCUUGAGUCAAAGUCCUAUUUUCUAUUACUCUUCUGGGACCGUGCUAGGUGUUCUAAUGACAUUAGUCUUUGUCCUGCUGCUGGUGAAAAGGUUAAUUCCCAAGUAUAGCACCUUUUGGGCUCUAAUGGUUGGUUGUUCGUUUGCUUCAGUUUAUUUUGUGUGCCGAUUCACGGAGGAUCUGAAGUGGCUAUGGGAUGAAAACAGAAUAUAUAUAUUAGGCUAUGUCCUAAUGGUGGGAUUUCUCAGCUUUGCUGUUUGUUACAAACACGGGCCCCUUGUUGACGAAAGGAAUGUGAAUCUUCUGACGUGGACUCUGCGGCUCCUGGCGCUGCUUCUGAUCUACUGUGGUGUCACUGUGCCCCAGUGCGCCUAUGCGGUUAUGAUCCUCAUCCUGUCCUCCAAGAGUCUCUGCUACCCAUUGAAAGCAUUCAGUUAUAUGAGGAGGCUCCGGAGGUGGCCGAGGGCGGAGCGGGCGGCCGGGCGCCUCAGCGAGGAGGAGUACGGGGAGCAGGCGGCCGCCGAGACGCGCCGCGCCCUGGAGGAGCUGCGCAGCGCCUGCCGCCAGCCCGGCUUCCCCGCCUGGCUGCUGGUCUCCCGGCUGCGGGCCCCCGGCAGAUUCGCAGAGUUUGUUCUGGGCGGAAGCCACUUGUCGCUGGAGGAAAUCCGCCUGCACGAAGAGCAAUAUGGCUUCGGGGGCACGUUCUUGGAGGAGCAGCUGUUUAACCCGACGACCGCGUGAAGCCGCCGCGGGCUUCCUUCUGGCCAGGGACGCAGGUCAGAGCAGGGAUCCCCGACCCUGGGCAGGCCCGCCUGGGGAGCGCUGCCCAAACCCUGGACUGUGGGAACGAGUCCUCCCGGGAGGAAAACAGGACUGUAGGGGCGCGAACUUCUCCUCCUGGUAAGUUCGGCUGCGCUGCACUGUAGGCGCCAGCAAGACUGACAGAGUCGCCCCGACUGUCACCAGGACCAGGGAGGGCCCGCGGCUCCGCAGGGAGCCCGCCAACGGCUGCCUCCUCCGCACCAGAGGCCAAGUCCUGUCUCACCCCCAGGACCUGCGCCAGAAGACUGACUUGCUCUUCCUGCGCGUUACCAGUUUACGGGCUGGAAGAGACGCGGGGUGCCCCAGCCGGUGUUCUCAUAAGUAUCACCCGCAGGUGUCCCUAAGUGCCAGUCUGUGAAGGGACUGGGAGGCUGGCUGGCAUGGGGCAGAGGUCAACGCACCCCAGGGCUGCUCCCGCCGUGAGGGAUGCCGCUGCUGCCCUACAGUGCAUCUCCUCAGGAGAAACCGGUGCAGCGCUCUCUGACUGACUGAUCAGAGAACCUCUCUCAUGAGAUUAAUGCUCCGUGGAACAGUUUGCGAAGUGCUAGUGAUGGUGGAAUUGAGGUUUGAGGAGAUUAUAAAAUCUUGUCCAAAACUACGAAACCAUUUAGAGGCCGCGCUGGGACUCCGGGCCUAAUGGUUCCGACAACUCAGGGUUAGAAAGAGACCUUCAAAGGUGAGCGGAGAGGCCAUCUCCCUACCACCUGGGUCUGGGUCUCACAGUAUUACUGACUAUUUUUUAUUUUUUAAUGGACAAAUAGCUAUUUUGAUACCUAUGACAGAGAAGCAUUUCCUAAGAUUGUAUUUUCAACCUUGAAAAAAUUUUUAUAGACUUAAAUAAAAAUUAGAAAUGAGAA